GUUGCCUAAAAGUCGGGAUGGAUUCCUAGUAAGCCUGAAGAAAAACGAAGAAUUCAUUUUACAGAACAGAACGAGCUCUCCUUCGCAAUCGACGGUGACGGAGCGAUCAUCACCAAAUUUAGCUGAGAAAGAAGAAUGGCGAGAUACGACAGAGCAAUAACUGUGUUUUCACCGGACGGACAUCUGUUCCAAGUGGAGUAUGCACUCGAAGCUGUUCGUAAGGGCAACGCCGCAGUCGGCGUCCGGGGCACUGACAAUAUUGUCCUUGGAGUCGAGAAGAAAUCUGCCGCAAAGCUCCAAGACUCCCGAUCAGUUAGGAAGAUAGUGAAUCUGGAUGAUCACAUUGCUUUGGCAUGUGCUGGACUUAAAGCAGAUGCUCGUGUCCUGAUUAACAAGGCUCGGAUUGAAUGUCAAAGCCACAGGCUGACUGUCGAGGAUCCUGUAACUGUUGAGUAUAUCACUCGUUAUAUCGCAGGACUCCAGCAAAAGUACACACAAAGUGGUGGUGUGAGACCAUUUGGCCUAUCGACCCUGAUUGUGGGCUUCGAUCCAUACACUGAUGUGCCAUCCCUAUAUCAGACUGAUCCAUCUGGAACAUUUUCAGCUUGGAAAGCUAAUGCAACUGGGAGAAACUCAAAUUCUAUCAGGGAGUUCCUGGAGAAAAACUAUAAAGAAACAUCUGGACAUGAAACUCUGAAACUUGCGAUUCGUGCAUUGCUCGAGGUUGUUGAGAGUGGGGGCAAGAACAUAGAAGUUGCUGUGAUGACCAAAGAGCAUGGCCUGCGGCAACUUGAUGAGGCCGAAAUCGAUGCAGUUGUUGCUGAGAUUGAAGCAGAGAAAGCAGCUGCUGAGGCUGCAAAGAGGGCACCUGUGCAAGAGACAUGAUUUAUCUCCUGGUGUUCUCAUUGCUUUCCUUUGGUCAAAUUUCCCUGUGACAAUUUCUGAUAAGAGACUUGCUCUUGUAUUUUAUUUCUUAUACAGGUAGUCAUCGUUACCAUCCUGAGUGCUACUGCAGCAUUUUCACUAUUAUCUUACAAAAACAGCUUGUUACAGGACACUGCAUUUCUUGUUAUCUGUUGCAUUUAAAUUGAUUGAUUUGGAAACCGGAUAAGCUCUCUGCCACUGAGAUGAUUCAAGUGAAGGUAUUUGAUAGCCAUUGCAGGAACGCCAUUAAAGA